CGGCCCCGCAGCUCCGCCCCCGGCCCGGCCCGGCCCGGCCCCGGGCCCGCUCGCCCGCCGCCCCGCAUGGAGCUGUCAGCCAUCGGCGAGCAGGUGUUCGCGGUGGAGAGCAUCCGGAAGAAGCGCGUGCGGAAGGGUAAAGUCGAAUAUCUGGUGAAGUGGAAAGGAUGGCCUCCAAAGUACAGCACGUGGGAGCCGGAAGAGCACAUCCUGGACCCCCGCCUGGUCAUGGCCUAUGAGGAGAAGGAGGAGAGAGACCGAGCGUCGGGGUAUAGGAAGAGAGGCCCGAAACCCAAGCGGCUUCUGCUGCAGCGGCUGUACAGCAUGGACCUGCGGAGCUCCCACAAGGCCAAGGUCAAGGAGAAGCUCUGCUUCUCCCUGACGUGCCCACUCGGCAGCGGGAGCUCUGAGGGGGUGGUCAAGGCAGGGGCGCCCGAGCUGGUGGACAAGGGCCCCUUGGUGCCCGCCCUGCCCUUCCCGCUCCGCAAGCCGCGCAAGGCCCACAAGUACCUGCGGCUCUCACGCAAGAAGUUCCCGCCUCGCGGGCCCGACCUGGAGAGUCACAGCCAUCCACGGGAGCUCUUCCUGCAGGAGCCAGCAGCCCCGGACGUCCUGCCCGCAGCCAGCGAGUGGGAGCCCGCUGAGCAGCCCCCCGAGGAGGAGGCCGAUGCAGACCUGGCUGAGGGGCCCCCUCCUUGGACACCCGUGCUCCCCCCAAGUGAAGUGACAGUGACCGAUAUCACCGCCAACUCCGUCACCGUCACCUUCCGCGAGGCCCAGGCGGCUGAAGGUUUCUUCCGGGACCGCGGUGGGAAGUUCUGAGUCACCAUUUUUACUCUUCGUAAACUGUUUGCUUUUGGGCUUGGG